CAGUCCCUCCCAACACGGUGCUGGCUAUUGUUUCUAGCAAUUUCACUUUAUUUAGUGUUUAAAAUAUAUUUAUUUCAUUAAUUUUUCCGUGCAAGGAUCUUGUGAGCGAAAAGUGUGAAAUCUUUCAAAAUUGUGUACCUAUGUAAAAGGAAACUAAAUAUGAAACAGUAUUAAAUUGUCUGAUUUAGUUAUCAAGAUUUUAUAAAUGUGAUCAAGAUAGGGUCUAAAAUGAGUUUAAAUCGAGCAGAAUUGAACAACACCGUCGUACCUGAGGGAGCUAACAGCCCCUGUUAUUUCUGCAAUGAUGAGUUUGAAAUGGGGAAAUUGCAAAACCACCUGAAGCAAUGCGGCAGCAUCCUGGAGCAGUGCCCGUUGCGUUGUGGCGCUUGGAUACAACGGAAACACAAGGAUACACAUGUCAAAGAGUGCCCUAAAAUGGAUAAGAACCGCACCGAGUCGACCCACGUCCGCGUGGUGGACCCAUCACCUCCCGUCGUCAGCAACCACACCUGGACUCCGAAGUCCGUUCCUUUGGAAGACUGCGUCACAUACCUUGAGAAGGAACUCACUACGAUCAAACUGAUCCUAACAGAAGAGUCAAGUAACCGCGACAUCCAGUCCACGGAACUAGAGAACCUUCGCACCAAGCUGGUGCUGGUGGAGGAACGAGCUCAGCACUUCCUCUCGACCCUGGUCUCACUCAGAGCAGCGUUAGAUGAUGAGGCAGAGAGAUCAGCUAACUGGGCGGCACAGUUCAAACAUGACUUGGCUAAUGUUCAGCUGGCUUUGCAAGAGCUACAGAGCCAGCAGCUGACCACGGUGAUGCGACUGGAGAGCGCCAUCAGCAGCAUCGUGCACGAGCAGAACGAGAGAGAACUACUAGAGCAGGCGCUGACGCAUCAUGAUAAUAGGAUACGUACUAUUAAUAAGCUGGAAGAAGUAAUAGAAUACGUAAAGCAAACAGUGGAAGAGGAAAGACAGCGUAAUGCUGAGAACUGCGCAGCGUUGGAAGCUGAACUGGCAGAAGCCAGACGAUCUUCGGACCAACUCGCUCAACUUUCCACCUUGAGGAUGCAGCUACAACAUGCUUCUACUGAAAACCCGGCGUUUGAUCGUCUUGCAAUACUGGAAGUAGCGACAGCAGAUGCACGCGCAGAAGCAGCAGAACAUACAAACAAGAUGGACGUCAUUUCCCGCGAUUUGCGUGCGCUCACGAAGAGCUACAACAAACUGCGAUCGGAGUUAGCUGACUUUCAAGCGAGGAUGACUCUGGAUCAUCCGGAGAAUGGGACUGAUGACGGACACUUUAUCUGGAGGAUAGAUAAGUUCUCGUCACGCAUGAAGGAGGCGAAGGAAAAAGACGCAGUGCUCACCAGCCCACUGUUCCGUACCAGCAAGUAUGGAUAUACACUGAAGGCGGAAAUAAACCUAAACGGCAUAGGGAAAUGGCGGGGCCGGCACAUAACAUGCACAGUGCGGCUCGCCACGGGGCCCUACGAUCCGCUACUGGCGUGGCCCUGUGACCUUAGCGUCAAUAUUGUGCUGAAGGACCAGCCCGCUAAUAGGAGCCAGGCAAUGGAUAUAGUCAAAACAUUGGAACUACGUCGUAAGUCAUCGAGACCCAUCGAACAAGACCCAAAUGAAAAGACCAGGUCUACUGAAAGUCUGGACCAGGGUAUACUCCAAAUGAAGAGACAGUACAUCUUCAUACCACACACAAGCCUUGAUAAAUUCGAAUAUAUUAAGAACGAUGUUAUGUUCUUUGAGUUUAUUGUAAAUCAAUGAUUUACAUAUGUACUUAUACUUACUGUUAACUAAUUUUAUCUAAUAAAAACAAAAAAUAACCCAUGACUCGAUUACCAAAAAAUUAUAUCAAAGAAAACUAAACAGGGCCGGAUUGAGACAUGGGGCCUCUAAUUUAUGUAAACCUUGAGGCCCCCGUGCUUUAGUUGUUAGAUUAAAACUUUUUAGCCUCUAAGGCCAACUGUAUUUAAUAAUUAUAAGUUUAAUAUUUAUUUUAUUAAAUCUAUGUACAAGUACAAUAUUAUUUUUAUUAUGUCUGUGUCUAUAAAUGGAAAAUAAGCUAACUAUAACAUAAUGCAGGGUAAGCGCCUUAACAUAAUUAUAACGAAAUAAAACUAAAAAUAUUCAGUGUUUACCAUUUAUUUCAGAUAAUAAUAGUAAUACAAUUUCUCAGGAUUACCUUAUAAAUCACAUGGUAUCUACUAAGAAAAUACGAAUUAAGUUGUUACAUAAGUUUUUUUUUUACAUUUUACCAAUUUUACACACAUACUUAGUAUAAUGUAAGAGUAGAUAGACGUAUUACAUUUACCAAGUUUCACCACAAUUACGUAUAUCAACUUAAUAUUAUAUUUGAAAAUGGGCUCGCAAAAUGUACAUUGUACACAAAGCAUUUGUAUUUUGUACUGUAUACAUAAAAAUUCAAAUAUUUUCCUU